CUUAGGUGCGGUGCGGGGGGAAGUUGGAAAACCCCGGAGGAGGAGGAACGGAAAUUGCGGGAUGUCGACUUCCGCUUCCGCCUUGCGGAGGGACCGCCCGGCGCCGCUGUUGCCGCCGCUCCUGCCCCGAGCGCCGAGGGGGUCCCGGAGCCUCCCGGGGAGCCAUAGAGACGCUGGGGUAGAGGGGCUUUUCGUGGGCCCAGAUUUGGCUGUCUCGUCGGGGAGAGCGGCGGGCGGGGUCCCCUCGCCGACGGGGCCGGGCCGAGGGACGGGGGUGGGAACGGCGCUUGCAUCGCUUUCGCCACCCCGGCAUUGCCCGACCCUUCCGCGCAGCCUUUGCUCCCUGGAGUGGGGUAACCUUUGACCCUUCGCCUCGCCCAUGCGGUGACGGCUGACCUCCCUGCGUGACCUUUGAACCCGAACCCCCAGCUGCAGUCCCUAGAGGGUCUCAGCCGCUCUCGAAGCCCCCCAUCCCUUCCCCCCUUCUGUAGCCCUCCAGCUGCCCCUCUGCGCCCCCCGUGGAGAGAGCACUUGGAAGGCCAGGCUCUCCUGCCCCAGAUCUCCCCCUUUCCCCCCGUCCCUUUUAAAAGACGACCUCUGGCUAUGCCCCCUGGCUGGGGGACGUUGAAAGACCCCACUCUGGACCUCGGUGGUGCUGUUGCCACUGAUACGCAGCUCCCUGCCUGAAACCUUAACACUACCAGGGCGCCCAAGAGGGACAGGAAGGGGGAUCCUUCUCCUAGGUGAAUUUCAGAAUGCCUUCUGUGCCCAGAUUACCGCCAGGGGGGCGUGCAGCACGCCAGGGGGGCAUGUGAACAGCUCCCGUAGCUUCCCCCCUUUGGAAACACCGGGAUCCAUUCCAUCUGGAUACAGGGGACAACUCCCUUUGAAGGGGCUCUUGUUUUGUGUCCGGGAGCCCUCGCCCGGUUCGGCCCAUCUCGCCUCAGAGCCGUUGUGGGGGGAGUGGAGCGCUCCCCACCGUCCGCUCGACCCGCCGCCACCAUGUCGACUUCCUCUUUGCGCCGCCAGAUGAAAAACAUUGUUCACAACUAUUCGGAGGCCGAAAUCAAGGUGCGGGAGGCCACCUCGAACGACCCGUGGGGCCCGUCCAGCUCCCUCAUGUCCGAAAUCGCCGAUCUCACUUACAACGUGGUGGCCUUCUCCGAAAUCAUGAGCAUGAUCUGGAAGCGCCUCAACGACCACGGCAAGAACUGGCGUCACGUUUACAAGGCCAUGACUCUGAUGGAGUACCUGAUCAAGACCGGCUCGGAGCGGGUGGCCCAGCAGUGCAAGGAGAACAUCUAUGCCAUCCAGACGCUAAAGGACUUCCAGUACGUUGACCGCGAUGGCAAAGACCAGGGGGUCAACGUGCGGGAGAAAGCCAAGCAGCUGGUGGCCCUCCUGAAAGACGACGAGCGCCUCAAAGAGGAGCGGGCCCACGCUCUGAAGACCAAGGAGAAGCUGGCCCAGACGGCCACUGCUUCUUCGGCUUCCUCGUCCUUGGCGAACGCCCCCGUGGAAGCCGAGCAGGCCUGGCCCCAAAGCAGCGGGGAGGAAGAGCUCCAGCUCCAGCUCGCGCUAGCCAUGAGCAAGGAGGAAGCGGAGCAGGUAAGCACCAAGGAGGAGCGGAUUCGGCGCGGGGACGACCUGCGGCUCCAGAUGGCCAUCGAGGAGAGCAAGAAAGAGUCGGUGCCUGCAAAGGAGGAGUCGUCACUCAUGGACCUGGCCGAUGUCUUCACCACCCCGCCUCCUGCUGCCGACCCCUGGGGUGGCCCACCUGCCCCCGCUGACCCUUGGGGCGGCUCUGCCCCAGGUGUGCCCACAGUCCCCAGUGAUCCGUGGGGCCCAUCUGCUACUGGAGCAGCAUCUACAGGCGGAGACCCGUGGGGGGGCCCCGGAGCGGCCCCUGCGGUUCCCUCAGACCCAUGGGGAGGCCCCUCAGCUACGAGCGCUGACCCCUGGAAAUCUGAAAGUCUCCUCCCAGGCGGGGGCCCAGCUGGGACGACAGCCGUCCCACCCACAGACCCCUGGGCGUCCGGUCCAGUUCCAGCAUCUCAAGGGAAACCUGCGCCCGACCCUUGGGCUCCGGCGUCGACGUUCUCGGACCCCUGGAGUGGCUCCCCUUCCAAACCCAGCACCAACGGCACGGCAGCCGGGGGAGGCCUUGAGCAGUUUGGCAGCCCCAGCGAUGGGGAUGAAUUCUCGGAUUUCGACAGCCUGCGUCCGGCGCUGCCCAAAUCUGGGAGCAGCACAGGUGAGCUGUCACUCUUAGCUGGGGAGGUGCCAUUUUCACGGGCCGGCCUUGGCGCCGACAGCCCCAGUGCUUUCGACAUGGCGGCCGUGAGCGGAUCGUUACCCGAGGCUUCCAAGCCGACGCGCAAGACCCCGGAGUCGUUCCUGGGUCCCAACGCUGCCCUCGUCGACCUGGACUCGUUGGUCAGCAAGCCUUCGGUCUCCGCCAGCGCUGCAAAGGCCUCCAACCCCUUCCUGCCCCCUGGAUCGGCCUCCGCUGCCACCCCGUCUGCCUCUGCCACAAACCCCUUCCAGGCGACGGCGACCACCCCCCUUUCGCUCAACCAGCUGCGCGUCAGUCCGGUGCUCCCUCUGUCUCAGCCCACCCCCCCAGCUUUUCCGGCCGCAGCGCCCAUGGUCUCCGUGUCCCCCAUGGCCCCCGGGAUGCCCUUAGCCUCGGUUUCCCCAAUGGUGGGGGUGCAGCCCUUGGGGGCUGUCCCGCCCAUGGGCCUGCCUGCCAUGGGGCUGCCCCCUCCCGCCAUGCCUCCGGCCGGCAUCGUCCCCACCAGCACCUCGGCCUCCGCCAUGGGGAGCACCAAUCCGUUCUUGCUAUAAUCGAUGGGAUAUUCGCCUUUGGUGAACCACCCCUCUUCCCUUUCCCCUCCCGCCCGAUUGUAUCCCCAGGUGGCGACGGCGUGGACCCCCCCCUCCCCAAGAUUCCACUGCUGAACGGGGCAGCCGGGCUGGGGGGGGGCAGGAAAGGAAGGAGAGAGAUGGGACUUCAUUUCGAGUUCUUCCGCCCCCGCAUUUCAGGGACUGGGUGGACUUUUCCCCCCCAUUUGGUUUGGUGGAGUUCGGGGGGGAUAAGGAUCCCUGCCCCCCCCGAACCACGUUGGCCUUUGGGGGGGGUCAGAAAGGGAAAACGUCCAUUCUGGGGGCAGCUCCUGGAGCAACUCCCAAGAGCCCUAUGAGAGGUCAGGCUGAUACUUGCAGGAAAGAGAAUUCGGAAAUGGCAAACUGGGGGGGGGGGCGGGGAGGGGGGCCUUUCCUGUCGUUUUUUUGGUUCCCUCUUCACUUUUCACCGUAUCAGCUCCACCUCUUGAGGCGAUGUUCAAAUAGGGCAUCCUCUUGCACACUUGCCCCCCCCCGGUCUCUCUCCUACCCCUGCGAACGGGGGGGUCAGAAAGGGAAAUAGCCAAGCCCCUACCUCUAGGCCCUUCCAAAUCAAUUCUCAUGGGGGGCAGUUCUAACCUUUUUAUUAUAAUUUUUUUCCCCUAGACUUCUCCCUUUUCCCAAACAUGUUUCUUCCCCCCCCCCCCCCCCGCUCCGUUACCCACUUGAGCUGGGACCAGCCCUCUUCUGCCUUUUUUUUUUCCUUAAAGGGCAGAAAUAGGGCAAAAUCAAUAAGGCCCCCCGCCCCCUCACUCUAGAGGGCACGGUCGAGACAGAAGGGAAUUAUUGGUCUGUCUCCUCCAGUCCUGGGGCCAAGAGGGAAACCACUAACACGACGGUCGGAGACCAAAGCUGGAUCGAGAGCAGGGAGCCGGGCCGGGCUACCUGGGGCGGGACUGCGCCUGAAGACUUGCCUUCGGUCGCCUCCCGAUUGGUCCUUCGAGACAGUCCGUCAUCUUCACGCAAAGCAUGGAACCCUGAUCCACACUCAUUGCCUUUUGGGGAGCCUCGAAACAGUCGCCGCAGCCCGCCGCGAAGGAGGGGCCCCGGAAGCCGUCCAAGGAUUCUCGAAACCGUCAAAAGGGAAUUUCCUGGGGUUUGAGAUGGGUUGCUGGGGCGCCCGGACUGUUGGCCUGCUGCUGUGUGGGGUCCGGGGGGCCAGCAGAAGGCUCCUGUGCAUUUGGGAAAGCAGGCACCCUUCUUGACCCCACCCCAGUCGGUGGACUCAGGUAGCCGAGACGUGAGCCACCUUUGAGGACGGCAGCGGGAACACUACAGACCCUCGGGUCGGAGGAGGCGCCUUCCUGCCACUUGCGUGCGUUGCUUGGAAGGUGGGGGGGGGGGCCAGGCCCCCACGCUCCCUGGACUGCUCUCAGUGGCAGCCCUCCCGCAGGCAGCGUUCAGACACAGCCGGCGCUCUCCCUUUUCCGCGCGCGAUCCGACGUUCUCCCCGCACUGAGUUCUCCUCCGACGCCACUGUUUGCAUUACGGACCGAGGGCCAGCCGGGAGGGGCACUAUAUAUUUUACACGUGAAACUUCGGCUCCCUUCUCUUCUCCCCUCCGCCCCCGAACUUUGCCCCCCCGAGCAGCGCAAUCUCUGCCGCCAGGGGGAGAGGGAAGCAGGCGUGCAAAAGAACCCCUGGGAACGGUGGAAAAAAUGAGACGGGGGGUUCCCCCUCCCCGAAUGUCGGAUGGGUGUAUUCCCACCUCCCCUUUCUAUGUCAGCAGCUUGUGGGGAAGGGAGGGUUUGCUGUGUGUGUGUGUGUGUAUGUGCGUAUGCGUGUGGUGCUGCUGUGAUUGUCCGUUCCUGUUUUUAUGUUGGGGGGGGGGCGCUCGCUCGUAAGCACGCAGGACAAUCUGCUGAGUCCCUCGUUCCUGGCCCCCACCCCGGAUCCCCUGCAGUUGUUUUCAAAGUGGGUGGCGUGUCCUAAUUCUCCCCCCUCACCCUCCCCCCCCGCAAUCGAUCAAUCAUGUUUGGGGAUGGCUUUCAUAUAUUUGGAGAAUCAUUGUGUCAUUGGUCAGGGGGUCGGGAGAGUUAACCUUGGCUGUGCGCGAUCCUCCCUCUCUUGACUCUCUUCCACUUCUACCCGUACCAUCCACUCCGCUGCUCCGGUAUGCAUCAGAAAAAAAAAUAACUCUUAAUGAAAUGAAAUAAAUGGAAGUUCUUCUAUGGCACCCGAA